AUGCUCUUGGACAAGAAGACCUAUGGGGCUGUGAGGAAGAAUGGACGGCAGGCCGAGAAGAGUCAAGUGUUGUGGCUUGAGAGAAAACCUUAUAGCCUCCACAGGGAUAAGACAUGCACAACCACUGUCGAGGGAAUGGCUCCACCACAAAAGAUUCUCUUUUCCCCGGAGAAGAUUUUCAUGGACUGGCAGCAACGACAGAGAGCUGGAGCAGGGCUCUACAACCUGGGGAACAUGUGCUUCCUCAACUCCAUCCUGCAGUGCCUGACGUACACACCCCCUCUGGCCAACUACCUGCUCUCUCGGGAGCACAGCCAGUCGUGUCACCAGCAAGGCUUCUGCAUGAUGUGCAGAAUGGAAGCGCACGUUAACAAGGUGCUGCAUUCCUCAGACAGUGCCAUCCAGCCUUGGGAUGUCCUCAGUGUUCUCUCACGAAUAGGAGUACAUUUCGAGCUCGGCGUGCUGGCAGAUGCCCUUGAGUUCUUAUGCUGUACUGUCAGUGCCAUGCAGACAGCUUGUCUGAGUGGGCGCAGCAAGUAA